AUGGAGAGCGCCGCGACAGAGCCCUUCGCGGAGUGGUUUACAGGCGAAUUCCUGCCCUUCGGAGACCUCGUGAGUGACGUCUGGCUCUGGUCGACCUUGCCCCGGGAAAAGCCAGAGGACUACAGCUGCUCGGCGGAAACCUACACGGUGCGGCCGACGCCGUGCGAGCGUGUCUCGUUGCGGUUCUUCUCGUCGGGAUGGAAACAACAAGCCUCAGAGGUGAUGCGGGCUCUGCUGAUGGUGGGAACCGUAAUCGAUGCCAUCCCGGACGUUGCGAUACUGCUGGGGCUGCUGGCGGGGCUGGUGGUCGCCGUUGUGGGCAAGGCCAGAGCCGUGAUCAACCGCACGGAACAACGGCAAACACUUCCAAUCAGUGUGAGGAACGUGGUGAAGAACGUUCCGGGCCUGGAAAGGUACGUCUUCUCCGACGGAAAGUCCAUCGCCAACUUCCUCAUCAACCGGGUGGGCCACAAGGAGACCACCUGGGACAACACCAUGGAGCUCGUGGCGUGGCACACGCUCAUCUUCUGCCACGCCCCCUUCCUGUCGGUGCAGAGGCGGUGCUUCCGGUACCAGGUCAACCCGCAGUUCAACGGCUACCUGACGAUAAUCCUCGUCCAGCUGAUCGCCGGGGGCCUGACUGAGGCCAGCUCGAUCUGCUUCGCGGUGAUGGGGGGCGGGACCGUGUCGAUCGUCAGCGCGUGGUUCGGGCUGUACUCCCUGGUCAUGACCACCAUGCUGGCCGUGUACCGGGGAAACCUUGUCCGGAAGUUUGGGCCCAACGCCACCCUCGCCUCCCCCGCGGCGGAGCGGGGCGGCUGCUGCCGCGCGCUGGACGGGGUCUCCGACGCCCUGUGCGGCCUCAUCACGGCGGCCGUGUUCGGGCUCAGCGCCUUCAUGAUCAUCAUGGGCAUCACCUUCUUCUCCACGGUUGGGGCGUCCUCCACGGAGGCCCGGAUGCUAGUGGUGCCCGGGUCCGUGGUCGCCCUCUUGGGCUGGGUCUCCAGCCAGCUGCUGAUACGCCACUACCACAGCACGUCGCAGGUUGGGAUGAUCAUUCGAGAGCAGGAGCCUGGCGUUUAG